AUGGCCGGCUCGCUGCAUCGGCCUCGAGCUCUACCCGCACCAUGCGGCCGACGCGUACUCAAGCCGCCAGACAUGCGCGGACUGGCUUGCGCACUGCUGCUCAUGAUGUUCGUUGAGCUUCCUACGGCUGUGGACGCCCGAGUGCCUAUAGCGUCCCCUAUACCUUCUGCUAAUGACGCUUCAUCAUCGUCUGUGAAGCCUACUUCCACUCAAGUUCCUGUUCUGUAUGUUAUCGCUGUGUAUACCGUCGUAUUAUUUGGUUUCUGGACUAUCCCCAUCGCUCGUCGCAUCAUCGUCCCUCUCAAGCUCUUCGCCAUCGGCUGGCAUGAGUGCUGCCAUGCCUUACUCGCCGUUCUUACCGGCGGUAGCAUCUUACGAAUAUCUAUAGACCCCUUCCUGGGAGGCUGUACCAUCGUGGAAGGCGGUUAUCCGUCUCUCAUCUUACCCGCGGGAUAUCUAGGCUCCACAUUCUUCGGAGCUGCAUUCCUACUCGCGGGCUUCGACACCCUCAUGGCAAAGGUCAUGAGCUUCAUUGCCGCAAUCGGACUACUCGCCCCCUUGGCCCAGGUGCGCGACAAGAUCACCAUCCUUCUCACCAUCUUCUACGAGGCGCUGCUGAUCGGGUUCUGGUUCAUUGAUCAUGGGGAGGCGUUACGGUGGUAUAUGCUCCUCUUGGGCGUCCUACAUAUCUUCUUUGCAGUCUGGGAUGUGACCGACGAACGGAUAUUCCGCAAACCCAACGACUCCGACUGCACGCAAUGGGCACUCUUGGUUCCUAGCGUUCCUUCACAUGUCUGGGCUAUCUUCUGGAUCACGUUUGAAGUCGCGGUUCUCAUCGCGUUUGUCCUGGUCGGCAUCGUCGCGUUCAAGCUCACGCCCGAGGAACUGCAAGCGCAAGCUGAUACGUUCCUUCCAACACGAUAG